AAGGAAAUAGUUCGGGCCGAAAGGCGCAGAGGCGCAAUUCAUCAUUUACCUUGCACUUGCAUCGAACGCAGAAACGUGCUUUCUCAAAUCCCAAGCCACCCAGUGCGUGCGAUUAAGAUUUUGACCAAAAGUUUUUUAAUUCAAAUUGCCAGAACUGUCCCCUCGUCACCGCAGGUAGCAGGCUACGCCCCCCUGCGGAGAAAGGAAAAAACACCCCUCUUCCGACUCCUCGGUCUGAUCUCCAAUCCAACUCCGACUUCUCUCUCCGUUUCACCUCGAUUCGGUUCCUCAAACUCGAAUUCUGAUUGUUGGACUAUUGCCUGACCGGGCAAUACUUAACUGGGCUGGAGGACCUUCCUCAUGCAUAUAUUAUAUCCAUAACUUUGUGAGAGCAUAGAAGCAAGAUGACUAUGAAUUUGCUAAAUCAGAAAGAGGUCAAUGGGUUGGAUGAGCAGCCCGACUAUUUGUUCAAGCUUUCUGGUGGUGCUGUUGCCUGUAUGGUGAAUUCAGAAAUAGGUGCAGUUUUGGCUGUGAUGAGGAGAAAUGUGAGAUGGGGAGUUCAUUAUGCCUCGGAUGAUGAGCAGAUAGAGCAUUCUCUCAUAAUAUCCUUCAAGGAACUGCGGAAGAAGAUAUUUGCAUGGCAAAAACAUUGGCAUACCAUUGAUCCAGUUCUGUACCUCCAGCCAUUUUUGGAUGUCAUUAAAUCUGAUGAAACUGGUGCACCAAUCACUGGUGUUGCUUUGUCAUCUGUUUACAAAAUCUUAAAUCUACAGAUACUUGAUUCAAAAACUGUGAACGUAGAUAAUGCUUUACACCUAAUCGUUGAUGCUGUGACAAGCUGCCGUUUUGAGGUGACCGAUCCUGCAUCGGAAGAAGUAGUACUUAUGAAGAUUCUUCAAGUUCUUUUGGCUUGCAUGAAAAAUAAAGCAUCUGUUAGUUUGAAUAACCAUCAUGUAUGUAGUAUAGUGAAUACUUGCUUCCGAAUAGUCCAUCAGGCAAGCUCUAAAAGUGAACUUCUGCAAAGGAUAUCCCGCCACACAAUGCAUGAGCUUGUCAGGUGUAUCUUUUCACACCUUCCUGACUUGGGCGAUGAAAGGCAUGAUUUGGAUCAUGGAAACAGGCCUUCUCCUAACAUAGAGGAUGAUGGAACAGUGCAAAAUCACACUCUUGAGGAGAAGCAAUAUGUCGAUGGUUAUGCUUCUGCAGAUUCUGACAUUAGUAAAAAUGAGAAUGCCCAUGGGAAAGAUAGCACCUCUAGUGCUGAAUCUUUGAUGAUGGAUCCUUAUGGUGUCCCAGCAAUGGUGGAAAUAUUCCACUUCUUAUGCUCUCUGCUAAACGUGAUGGAAAACAUUGAAGUUGGUCCCAGAUCAAAUCCAAUAGCAUAUCAUGAAGAUGUUCCUCUAUUUGCUUUGGGUUUGAUUAAUUCCGCUAUAGAAUUAGGUGGGGCUUAUUUCGGAAAUCAUCCUAAAUUAUUGGCUCUGAUACAGGAAGAACUGUUUUACAAUCUGAUGCAGUUUGGUUUGUCGAUGAGUCCACUAAUUCUUUCAACAGUGUGUAGCAUAGUUCUCAAUCUUUAUCAUCACCUCCGUACUAAAUUAAAAUUACAGCUUGAAGCUUUUAUUUCUAAUGUGUUGUUGAGAAUUGCACAAAGUAAGUAUGGGGCUUCCUACCAACAGCAGGAGGUUGCUAUGGAAGCUCUUAUUGAUUUCUGCAGGCAGCCUAUGUUUGUCAUCGAGUCAUAUGCCAAUUAUGAUUGUGAUAUAUCCUGCAGCAAUGUGUUUGAAGGCCUUGCAAACCUGUUAUCAAGGAGUGCUUUUCCAGUGAACAGCCCUUUAUCUGCAAUGAACACCCUUGCUCUGGAUGGUCUCACUGCUUUGGUUCAGGGUAUGGCUGAAAGAAUAGGCCAUGAUUCAUCCAGUUUGGGGGAAGCUUCCCUAGAACUUGAGGAAUAUAAGCCAUUCUGGACUGUGAGAUGUCAUGAUUAUAGUGAACCUCUUCACUGGGUUCCGUUUGUUCAUAAUAUGAAGAACAUUAAGAAAAAGUUGAUGAUUGGCGUUGAUCACUUCAACAGGGAUCCCAAGAAGGGUCUUGAAUUUCUUCAAGGAUUAAAUCUAUUGCCUGACAAUCUGGACCCCAGAAGUGUAGCUUGCUUCUUUAGGUAUACAACUGGACUAGAUAAAAAUAUUAUUGGGGAUUUUCUAGGAAGUCAUGAUGAAUUCUGUGUACAAGUGCUUCAUGAAUUUGCCAGGACAUUUGAUUUCCGGGACAUGAACUUGGACACUGCUUUGCGUAUUUUCUUGGACACUUUCAGAUUGCCUGGGGAGUCCCAGAAGAUACAGAGAGUGCUUGAAGCAUUUGCUGAGAGCUAUUUUGAGCAAGCACCAAAUAUUUUGGCCAAUAAAGAUGCUGCGCUCCUGCUGUCAUAUUCUUUGAUACUGCUCAACACAGAUCAACACAACGCACAGGUCAAGAAGAAGAUGAGUGAAGAAGAUUUUAUUCGGAACAACAGGAAAAUCAAUGGUGGAGAUGAUCUUCCUCGAGAUUUCUUGACUGAGCUUUAUCACUCUAUCUGUGAGAAUGAAAUCCGUAUGGUACCAGAUCAAGGUGGUGCUGGUGCAGUUCUGACGCGGAGCCACUGGAUUGGUCUAACACACAAAGCAAAGCAGACAUCUCCAUUUAUUGUCUCUGAGUCUGGAUCCCACCUAGACUUUGACAUGUUUACUAUAUUGUCUGGUCCAGCAAUUGCUGCUAUCUCAGUGGUGUUUGAUCAUGCAGAGCAGGAAGACGUCUUGCAGUCAUGUAUUGAUGGAUUUUUGGCCAUUGCUAAACUUUCAGCAUCAUACAAUUUGAAUGAAGUAUUGGAUGAUUUGAUUGUCUCUCUUUGCAAAUUUACAACCUUGUUGCAUCCAUCUUUCGAUGAAAAUUCAAUUCUGUAUUUUGGGGAUGACACAAAAGCUAAGAUGGCAACUGUAGCAGUUUUUACCAUUGCAAACCGUUACAGUGAUCACAUACGUUUAAGCUGGAGAAACAUACUGGACUGUAUCUUGAGUUUGCAGAAGAUAGGCCUUCUUCCAGCACGUCUUGCCAGUGAUGCUACUGAUGAGUUGGAGUCUUCUCCUGAUAAUGAUCAAGUUAAAAUAUCAGCUACUCCUUCACCAGCACCUCAGGUAACGGUUCCUUCUAGGAAAUCAUCUGGGCUAAUGGGCCGGUUUAGCCUACUGUUAUCUCUUGAUGCUGAAGAACCUGCACCCCAACCCUCAGAAGAAGAGCUUGCUGCUCGCCAGCGUACUCUGCAGACAAUACAAAAUUGUCACAUUGAUACCAUUUUUGCUGAGAGUAAGUUUCUGCAAGCAGAAUCUUUAUCACAGCUUGUUCGUGCUCUUGUCGUGGCUGCAAGACGUCCUCUUAAAGGGAAUAACUCUCUGGAAGAUGAAGACACAGCUGUUUUUUGUCUGGAGUUGCUGAUUGCAAUCACUCUAAACAACCGAGAUAGGAUCAUGCUUCUAUGGCAAAACGUUUAUGAGCAUAUUGCCAGUGUUGUUCAAUCAACUGUAAUGCCUUGUGCCCUUGUAGAGAAGGCUGUAUUUGGGCUCCUUCGUAUAUGCCAGCGGUUGCUUCCUUACAAGGAAAACCUUACGGAUGAGCUUCUCAAGUCUCUGCAACUAGUAUUGAAACUUGAUGCUCGGGUGGCUGAUGCUUAUUGUGAACCAAUUACACAGGAAGUAAUGCAUCUGGUGAAAGCAAAUGCAAUGCAGAUCAGAUCUCAUAUGGGUUGGCGGACAAUCAUAUCUUUACUUUCAAUCACUGCUCGGCAUCCAGAAGCAUCUGAAUCUGGAUUUGAGACUCUGUCUUAUAUCAUGUCUGAUGGGGCCCACCUGUCACCCGCAAAUUACGUGCUUUGUGUGAAUGCUGCCCGGCAGUUUGCCGAGUCUCGAGUAGGUCAUGUCGAUAGAUCUGUCAAAUCCUUAGACCUGAUGGCUGGUUCAGUUGUUUGUCUGGUUACAUGGUUUCACCAGACUAAGGAAGCUGCUGGUGAGGAGGCUGCCGUAAAGAUGUCUCAGGAUAUACUGGAAAUGUGGAUGAGGCUUGUGCAGAGUCUCAGAAAAGUGUGUGUAGAUCACAGAGAGGAGGUCAGGAAUCAUGCAAUUGUAUUGUUACAAAGAUGCUUGACAGGAGUGGAAGGUAUCCAUAUUCCAACUGAUCUAUGGCUACAAUGUUUUGAUUUGGUAAUCUUCACAUUGCUUGAUGAACUGCCAGAACUGGCUCAGCAACAGUCUCCAAAGGACUAUCGUAGCAUGGAAGGAUCAAUGAUAUUUUCGCUUAAACUCUUGUCGAAAACAUAUUUACAGACCCUGAAUGAUCUGUCUCAGUCAACUUCAUUCUGCCAACUUUGGUUAAAGGUGCUUGGUUGUAUGGAAAAAUACAUGAAGAUGAGAUUCAGAGGGAAACGGAGCGAGAAGAUCCAUGAAUUAGUUCCCGAGCUUCUUAAGAACACACUGCUAGUGAUGAAGACGAGUGGGAUUCUUGUGCCGAGUGAUCCUGUUGGAGGAGACAGCUUUUGGCAACUAACUUGGUUGCACGUGAAAAACAUAGCCCCGUCUCUGCAGUUAGAAGUAUUUCCCAGUGAAGAAUUGGAGAAGUUGCAAGAAAAACAUGGUAAGGCUGGCUGUAGCCCUCUCCCUGAUGGAAAUGGUAUUGUUCCACCAAAUGAGACCACAGCAUGAGAAUGAUCAUUCAUCUGUAUGUUAUAAAUACAAGGAUGAUGCAUUUAUCCUGGGGAGAAGAAGUUCAAAAUUCCUGCAGCAGUGAUGCUGGUAUUAGAUCAUCUACUAUUUGGUCUGCGUUGCUAGAUAUGUACUACUUCUUAACCCCCUAACGGUGAAAAGAUGGAUGACUUCUUGGGGAGGCCAUAAGCCAUUCAUUUGGUGGCUCUAUUGUUUGUGUUUUGGAGGAUGACAGACAGAGGGGUUGCUAUAUCGUUGAAAUGUUUUUUUGGCAGCAUUAUAUUGGUAGAGCAUAAUACUAUAUUUUGUACAAUAACAUAGAGCAUCUAAUAUACUUACAUUGGACUUGUCAACUCAAAUAAGAUAGGUGGUUCAAGUUUCCAGGAUAUUUUUUUCCCAAGGAUUGGUGUAUUCAAUUGUAAUUCUUGU